UUCCAGCGACAUAAUCGUAACGAUAUGUAUAAUUGUUAUUGUUUGUUUAUUAGUUUGUUCUAUUACAUCAGUUUAGUUCAUGCCGAUGAAGAUAACUGGAUAUUUCCCGAUGGUUUUCUCAUUGGUGCUGCAACAUCUGCGUAUCAAAUAGAAGGAGCUUGGAACACGAGUGAUAAAGGGGAAAGUGUUUGGGACCGAUUCACGCAUGCCGAUUCCGGUCGGAUCGAAGAUGGAUCCAAUGGAGAUGUUGCCGCAGAUUCGUUUCACAGAUACAAAGAAGACGUACAAUUGUUGAAACAAUUGGGUGUGGACUUUUAUCGAUUUUCGUUAAGCUGGACUCGGAUAUUACCAACAGGAUACGCAAACGUCAUAAGCAAAGUUGGAAUAAAAUAUUAUCACGAUUUGUUGGAUGAAUUGGAGAAAAACGAUAUCAAACCGUUCGUAACAAUUUAUCACUGGGACCAUCCGCAAUUGUUUCAAGACAUGGGCGGUUGGGCAAGUGAGGCCAUGGUUGAUUUGUUCGGUGAUUAUGCUAGAGUUGUGUUCAAAGAAUAUGGUCAUCGUGUCAAAUUUUUCUUCACGAUUAACGAGCCCGACGUGAUAUGCGAGACCGGUUAUUACUUGGGAAUCAAAGCCCCAGGACUGCAGUUGGGAAGGUACGGGCAGUACGUUUGUGCUCAUAAUUUGUUGAAAGCUCACGCUCGAGCUUAUCACAUUUACAACGAGGAAUUCCGGGCUCAGCAAAAGGGAAAAAUUGGAAUUGUCAUACACAGUCAUUAUUACUACUCAAAGUACGGAAACGAUACUGUUUCCGAGGAUGUAGCCUGGCAAUUUGCAUUUGGUAAAUACGCACAUCCAAUAUUCUCGAAAGAGGGAGACUAUCCCGACAGUAUCAAACGAAGAAUAGCAGAAAACAGCAAAUUUGAAGGUCUGCUACGUUCGAGAUUACCAACUUUUUCCCGAGAAUGGGUGGAUUAUAUCAAGGGAACUUCAGACGUUUUAGGCUUUAAUCAUUAUAAUUCUUACAACGUGGAGCCUAUUCUUGGAUCAAAUAAGACUAUUUACGAAAAUGACGAUGGCUUAGUGUAUACUCAUGACCCUAAAUGGCCUAAAACGCCAACCUCUUGGCUCAGGAUCGUACCUUCAGGACUACUGGACAAUUUACGAAAAAUAAAAGAUAAUUACGGAGACAUCGAAGUGUACAUCACCGAAAACGGUAUUGCGGAUACUGGUGAAUUAACAGACACCCAGCGUAUGGGAUACUUGUAUUCAUACAUGAAAGCAAUGCUUACUGCCAUAAAAACAUUUGGAUGUAAUGUCAAAGCUUACACAGUUUGGAGCCUAUUAGAUAACUUUGAGUGGCAAAAUGGCUACAAAGAGAGGUAUGGUCUGUUUCACGUUGAUUUUACCGAUGAAAAUAGAACGAGAAGUCCAAAGAAAUCGGUACCUUGGCUGACUAACGUUAUAAAAACUCGAAAUCUGCAGCCUCCAAUGGAUGGUCCGUAGAAAAAUCAUACGUGUACUAUUUUUUAAGAACAAAAUAAUUAAAAUAUUCGCCCGUAACUUUCAAACAAGUUUGCAUAAAUGGUUGUCAUGUUUCACGGCGUUUGAAAUUCGAAACGCAAUAAUCGGUUUUGUUUUAUUUUAAAUUACGAUUUUUAAAACACUACGCAAUCGUAUUAUUUAUUUUUAAAAAAUCAUGUGAAUGCAAGUUUUUUAUUUGCGUUGUAUCUUAAUACUCGGUGGGUGUUAAAAUUAAA